AUGCCGUCGCCGGACGCGGCGGCGAGGCACACGGGCGCCGGCGUGGCGCGUCGGCAGGCCCACCACGAGCGGAUGCGCGACGAGCGCGCUCGGGAAGCGGCCGCGGGCGACGCGGAGCUUCCGCCGGAGGACGACGCGGUCGAGAUGGCGAGCGCCGCCCACGUGCUGGACAGCGUGGCGGAGGUGGGCCCGAACUACACGCUGCUGCGCAGCAAGGAGACGAAGGCGAAGCGGCGGAAGCGACAGCGCGAGGAUGCCAGGGCGGCGCUCGACGGCCACACUGUCCUGUCCACCGGAUCGCGCCUCGAGAUAUUCUGCGACAGCGAGCGGUGGUACCCUGCGACCGUCAUGGCGCGGGAGGAGGACGGGGACGGACGGAUCGUGCACGAGAUCGAGUACGACGGCUUCUCGGAUCGGCG